UGAGGGGUGUGUACAUUGGCGCUGUGCGUCCGUCCGUGCGCUCUGUUUGCUUUUCGCCACGUCCAAAAGUCAUGGAUGAACCAACCGGCGGGCAAACAUGCUGGGAUCCUUCAUUCAGUCUGUCGAGUCGGCGUGACAGCGGCGAAGAAAUCACUGCAGCUGCGGAGUAAUUCAAACAGGACAGGAAAACACUGACAGGUGAGGUUCAAGUGCAACGUCAAGUGGAGUGUAUAUGGUGAAACCUCGACCUCUGCCUCGUGGUCAGCCUCUCGUAUCUGGUGUACACCAUGGCCUCCAGACAGGGAGACAUUCCAGCCCUUGAGUCUGGCACAUCGCCCGGUCUUUUCGGUGCCUUAUCGUCUCCUAUUGGAAUGAUGCGCCAUAACAUGAGCUAUGACGAGCAUUUGGAUGCCCCCAUGCACUCACCUCCUCCAGACUUGGCUGUCAACAUCUUAUGGAAAGACCCUGUCAUCCCACAGCACAGGUUCAGAAACACUACAGAGGAAAGGGAAAGUGGUGGGAGGUUAGUGACAUUUGAGGCACCAACACCACCCAGGUCACCAGUCCCUGCGGUAAAAGCCAAAGCCACUUCUCUGAUGAGCUCACUUAUGAUCAAGCAAACCCAUGAGAACCUGCAGAAGUUUGAGCACCAGGCAGGACUGACAGACGCUGGCUAUUGUCCUCAUAAAGGCCUGUCUGCUGAGGAUACCCGCUUUCACCGACUGGGUGAUGGCACACUGCCUAAGUUGAGAAUGCCAAGCGGGGACUUCAAGGAGGAAAGGCUUACAACAUCAGCACAAUCCACCCCAAGUGGCACCCCUUCUGUCACCCCCUCCGUUACCCCCAGUGUCACCCCUUGUGUUAGUCCCCACUCAUCACCAGCUCUUAGUCGCAGGAGCUGGUUCCAGCUGGGUUCUGCACCGUUUCUAACUGUACCGGACAGUCCCAACCCCCACGCUGACAUGGGAGGCAAUGAGGGAGGAGGAGGAGAUAGAUGGAGCUUCUUUGGAAGUCGGUCUGUGGUACAGAAGUCCCCCACUGAUCCUGGCUCUGACAGCAGCACAGGCUUCUCACUGCAGUCCUACUUCGGCCUGCCGAAGUCCUCCACCAUGGAUGGUACCAACACCCAGAUCAACCUCAAGGUGGAGGAUCCCGCCAGCUUCAUGCCCCCCAAGAUUGAGAUUCCAGGCGUGGAAGCCAAGCGGGUACCCCCACGGCCACACAAACUCAAACCUCGGGACAUGAACGUUUUAACACCUUCGGGCUUCUGACAUCGGACCAGCCGCGUAUUUACUCCUCUGUAGUGUUUCCCCCGGCUAGGUGCUCAUUUGCUUCCCCGUCUUCCUCCGACUCUUCCGCCUCCCUCCCCGCAAAUUCCCUGAGGCUGAGUGGAAUUAGAGCCACCAUCAGUAUUAACCCACCAGCCCCAGAGACAUCGCUGCACUGCAAUUCCACCCGAAGCGCCCGCGCUUACGGGUGGCAGGCUUCUGUCGCUCCACACUGUCACCCCUUCUGUCUCUUCUAACUCCCCGAUCCAAAUAAUAAACCAAAUGAAGCAACUUAGUUUUUGCCCCUGAAGAUGGUACUGCUUUUGUGUUGUUUUUGUCCUUUCGCGUACUGGGUGCGUCAGCAUGCUUUGCCUUGCUGUCCUCGUUCCAUCGUCAGCGAUGGCGUGAGACUGAAGUUGAAAUAUCUCGUCGACCCUCCGUAAAAGUAGAUCAGUUUAGCCUAGCGUCUCAUGCUAAAACAGACCAGCUAUUUCAACUCCUGAUGCUCACACGCCUGCCUCUUUUGUAUAUAUUUUUUUAAUUUUAAAAAAAGCUCGGAUUCGUAGUUGUGUCAGUGCUUUCUCUGUUGGCAUGCAGAGUGCAGUGUGGUGUAUGAUUGGUAUCGUGCCUCAAACUUGCUGCGUGUUUGCUUUUGGCACCAUUGUCGGCUAAAAAUCAGCUUUUUUAUUAUUAUUAUUAUGUGGAAGAGUAUGACUGCCGAGUUGAUUUUUUUUUUUAAUUAUUUCAAUUGAACUGUAUUCAUAUUGUCCUGCUUAAUAAUAUGAUAGUAGGCGAGUACAGUUUUUAUAUAAGACUGCAAUUUUAGUUUCACGAGCUGUAAAAAUACUAAGCAUUGAAGUGGUCGUUUUCGUUUUCAUUUUCAGUUUUUGAUUUUUAUUUUUUAUCUGUCAAAGAAUUCUUGCUGUUUUAUUUGAAACAAGUUGACGAAUUCCUGCAAUUGCACAAGGGAGAUCACCUCCCACUUACAUCUGUAAAUAAAUCGCAUCAUAAGCAAAA